CCUCUAUACAGCACUGGUUAGCUUUGAAUGCCUCUGCUAGCUGCCCAAAAUACCUCCUUGAAGCCUCUCGCUUUGUAUGGAAGCGGUCAGCAUCACCAACGGGGUGAGAGCUACAUUACUGGUUCAUGUUCCGUCGCGACAAUGAAGACCACGAUAGUGUUGUUACUGCUGAUGAUGAAUAUGCAUCAAGUUAUAUCAGCACCUAAAGGCGUUACUGCCAGUCUCAAAGCCAAGUGGAACAUGACCCCCUUCCUCCUUGAGACAAGCGAGUUUGUUGGAGAAGAAGGGAAUGAAAAGUUCUGGCAGUUUGUUGACACUGUGAAAGAACUCACUGUUUACAAGCAUGGAGAGUCGGUGCGCUCGUUUUACAACUUGAUCAUUAAAAAGGCGGGCCAGUUCCUCACAGGUCUUCAAGUUCAUCUCCUCAGAUUCGCUCUGGCCCUGCGAUCCUACUCACCAGCUGUUCAUGCUUCCCAGCAGAUAGCCAGCGAUGAACCUCCACCCCCGGCUUGCCCCGCCUUUGUCUCUAUCCACGGCCAACUCAGCUGCAGCACCAAGGAAAUCAAGAAGCUUCUUAAAGCUGCUGCAAACAGGCCAAAACCGUACUUGUACAAGAAUGAUCACACAUAUCCAGGAGUCAAUAAAACAGACGUGCCAGUUGUGAUCCUGUAUGCUCAGAUUGGAACCAAGAAGUUUGCCUCUUUUCAUAAAGUGCUGUCAGAGAAAGCUCAAGAGGGCACACUCAGAUAUAUUUUGCGGCAUUAUGUAGCGGAUCCAAAGCCUCAAAAGAUGUUAUUAUCUGGUUAUGGCGUUGAGUUGGCCAUCAAAAGCACUGAAUACAAAGCUGUGGAUGACACUGAAGUGAAAGAUUCAAAGAUUAUUAUAAAUGCUGAGGAUGAUGAUAAUGAUGAAGUCCAAGGAUUCUUCUUUGGAACAUUAAAAAAUUCUAAUCCUGAGCUCCAAGAGCAACUCGGUGAGCUUCGCAAACAUCUUCUGGAGAGCAUAGAUGAAAUGGCCCCUCUCAAAGUGUGGGAAAUGCAAGAUCUAAGUUUCCAGGCUGCAGCUAGAAUUAUGUCUGUGCCAAAGUUUGAUGCUUUGAAGGUAAUGCGAGACCUCAGUCAGAACUUUCCCAGCAAAGCAAGAUCACUGACAAGAGUGGCUGUAAAGCAAGAAAUGAGAAAAGAAAUUGCAGAGAACCAAAAGCACCUCAGCGAGAGUAUCGGUGUUCACCCAGGAGAUGGAGAGCUCUUUAUCAAUGGACUGCACAUCGAUUUGGACAUUCACAACCCUUUCAGUAUUUUGGACAUCCUUAGAAGAGAAGCCAGGGUCUUGGAGGGGCUUCAUAACUUAGGCAUUAAGGGGGAGCAUCAGGGCAAGCUGUUGAAGCUACCUUCGAACACUGCAGAUGACAGCUAUGCCUUAGAUAUCAGACAUCCAGCUAUCUUGUGGAUGAAUGACAUUGAAAAUGACCACAUGUACCGCAGCUGGCCAACAGGCGUGCAGGAGCUCCUUAGAGCAACCUUUCCUGGUGUCAUUCGACAGAUAAGACGCAAUUUCUUUAACUUGGUGCUGUUUCUAGAUCCCCUGCAAGAAGAAAGUGUUGAGUUAGUAAAACUAGCAGAGCUUUUCUACAAGCAUAAAAUUCCUCUGAGAAUUGGUUUUGUGUUUGUUGUCAACCCCAAAGAUGAGAUUGAUGGCUUCUCAGAUGCAGGAGUUGGAUUUUACCGACUGCUGAAUUACAUUGCAGACGAGUAUGAUUUAUCCCAGGCUGUGAUGUCUAUGGUCUCACUGUACAACCAAAUAAAUGUUGGAAAGACGCUGUCUGUUGAUACAAUCUCUGCUUACCUGAAAAGAAAAUACCCAAACGCCAAUCCUGAAAGGAUUCUAGGAGUCAAAUCUGAGUAUGAAUAUAAAAGAAAGGAUGGUGCCCUCUUCUACAAAAAGAGUGGUCUGGGGGCCCUGCCUCUGGCUUUAUUUAACGGAGUCCCUCUGAGCUCUGAUGAGAUGAACCCAGAGGAAUUAGAAACCAUAAUACUGCAACGCAUAAUGGACACAACCACUGCCUUCCAGAGAGCAGUGUUCAUGGGUCAGUUAACUGAAGGCUCAGAUGUGGUGGACUAUUUAAUGGAACAGGCCAAUGUGGUUCCCAGGAUGAACUCACUUAUUUUAAGCUUUGACCGAAAGUACCUUGACCUCACGGGAAUGCCAGUUGUUGAUGACUGGGAGGACUCAACUAUGUUUUCAUUCUUGGACUCCAGAGACAAAACAGCUGUGAUGGCUAAGAGAUUGAAAUACUUCACAAGUAGCGAUGAUGAUGGAAUGACUGCUGUGACAUUGUGGAUAGUUGGAGAUUUUGAGAAGGUUUCGGGAAAGAAACUGUUGUUGAAUGCUUUGAAACAUGUGAAGGCCAGUCCCGGCGUGCGUGUUGGGGUGAUAGAUAACCUCAGUGGAAAGCCCUGUGAAGAUAACACCAUGCUGUACAGGGCUGUCUGGGCUUCUCUUCUCACCCAGAAGAAUAAGGCUGCAGCUGAGUAUGUGCAGAAACUCCUGAAAGAAGAGAGCAGCCAGCUCCUCCAGCAGGGGACCAAGAUGAAGGACCUACUGAUGCAGGGCAUGGAUGUUGAUGCCUUUGAGAAAAAAUUCAACACGCUGGAAGUUGAUUUUAUCCGCAGUCAGCAGCUGUUCUGUCGAGACGUCUUGAAGCUCCGUCCUGGUCAGCGAGCAGUGAUCAGCAACGGCAGGAUUGUUGGUCCAUUUGAAGAGCAGGAAGAAUUCACUGUGGAGGAUUUCCACUUACUUGAGAGGAUUACACUGAGUGGUUCAGCAGAGAAAGUCAAAGCCAUAGUGAAACAGAUGGGGAUGAAGCCAAAGCAUGCAAGUGACUUACUCAUGAAGGUUGAUUCCCUCCUGAGUGCAACCCCCAAAGGAGAGGUCAGAAGGGAUGUCCAUUUGAUCAAAGACAGACACAGUGUUCUCCAUCUCUCACCACGUGAAAACGAGGUGUUCUACGAUGUUGUGGCCAUUGUUGACCCCCUCACUAGAGAGGCUCAGAAAAUUUCCCAGCUGCUGAUUGUGCUUAGUCAAGUGGUCAAUGUGAGACUGCAGCUGUUUAUGAAUUGCAGGGCCAAGUUGUCCGAGAUGCCCCUUAAGAGCUUUUACCGCUUUGUAUUGGAAUCUGAUGUCACCUUCUUGGCUAACGAGACGGUGUCUCCAGGGCCUAUUGCUCGUUUCAUUGAGCUCCCAGAAUCUCCACUCCUCACCCUUAAUAUGAUCACACCAGAAAGCUGGAUGGUGCAGGCAGUGCGCAGCCCUCAUGACUUGGACAACAUCCACUUGCAGGAGGUGAAUGGGGUUGUGGCAGCAGAGUUUGAACUGGAGCACCUCUUGCUGGAGGGACACUGCUUUGAUCUGUCAACCGGCCAGCCCCCUCGUGGACUACAGUUUACCCUGGGAAUGAGUCGAGACCCGCUCAUGUAUGACACAAUUGUCAUGGCUAACUUGGGAUAUUUCCAACUGAAAGCCAGUCCUGGUGCCUGGAUCCUAAGAUUACGUAAAGGGAGAUCAGACGAAAUCUAUGAAAUCCUCACACAUGAUGGAACUGAUUCCCCAGCAGAUGCUGGUGAUGUCAUAGUUGUGCUAAACAGCUUCCACAGUAAGAUCAUCAAAGUCAGGGUGCAGAAAAAGGCAGAGAAGAUCGGUGAAGAUCUUCUAAGUGAAACAAGUGAAAACAAAGGCAUAUGGGACUCCAUCGCAAGUGUUUGGAGCACUUUUGAGAAAAGCAUCACAGGUGGUGGCUUAAAGAAGGCUGAUGGAGAAAAGAAAAAAGAAGAUGUUUUAAACAUAUUUUCAGUGGCCUCCGGACAUUUGUAUGAGCGUUUUCUGAGAAUAAUGAUGCUUUCUGUCCUUCGGCACACAAAAACACCUGUCAAGUUCUGGUUUCUCAAGAAUUACCUCUCCCCUUCUUUCAAGGAGACCAUCUCUCACAUGGCAGAGUCAUACGGCUUUCAGUAUGAGCUAGUGCAGUACAAAUGGCCCCGCUGGCUCCACCAGCAGACUGAAAAGCAGCGGAUUAUCUGGGGAUACAAGAUCCUUUUCCUGGAUGUUUUAUUCCCUUUGGCUGUGGACAAGAUCAUUUUUGUGGACGCCGAUCAGAUAGUUCGGGCUGACUUGAAAGAGUUGAGGGAUUUGAACUUGGAGGGCGCUCCUUAUGGUUACACACCGUUUUGCGAUAGCCGCAGAGAAAUGGAAGGCUAUCGCUUUUGGAAAACUGGGUACUGGGCCUCACAUCUUGGACAGAGGAAUUACCACAUCAGUGCUCUGUACGUUGUAGAUUUAAAGAAGUUCCGUAAGAUUGCAGCUGGGGACAGACUACGAGGCCAGUAUCAAGCUUUGAGCCAAGACCCAAACAGUCUGUCUAACCUGGAUCAGGACCUUCCUAACAACAUGAUCCACCAGGUGGCUAUCAAGUCUCUGCCUCAGGAGUGGUUGUGGUGUGAGACAUGGUGUGAUGAUGACUCUAAAGUCACAGCUAAGACUAUAGACCUGUGUAAUAACCCAAAGACCAAGGAACCAAAGCUGACAGCCGCAGCAAGGAUUGUGCCUGAGUGGGUUGAAUAUGACAAGGAGAUAAAACAGCUGCUGAGACGAGUCCAAGAGCAGGAAGAUGAGGCCGCACAGAUGAAGACGGCCUCUCCCUCACAACAUAAAAAAGACAACCGGCGUGAUGAACUUUAGUGUCUGCCAACACCAUGCUGAAGAGAAAGAAGGCAGCACCUUUUGCACGCAGGCCACCUGUGAAGCUCGAAGACAGACAGUUCCAUCUAAACAUAGCCACAGUGUUACAUCCCCAGCCGGAGGAGGAGGAUGAAAUAUUGUCAGAGAUGCCAUAUCUGCUUGUGCAGUCAGUACAUACAAAAUCAAUAUGUGGGAUAAUUGUACACUGCCAGCCAUGAACUCUUGGUGUGCUAUGAGCUUUAUCAGUAGUAGGUUUGUGGUUAUUUAAGAAUGAAGUGAAGAAAAGAGUAAAUGUGUUUGAGUAUAAAACAGUUGACAUAUAUUGCACUGAUAUAUGCAAAGAAUCAGAUGCUGAAGGCACAUUUCUAAGGAUUUAAUUGACAUUGUUGCUUUAUGUAAAAAUCUUGGUAUUCUUAGUUUUAAAACAUGCAAGGACUAUUAUGCCUUUGUAUGAAAUGCCAAACCAAAGUUGACUGUUAGAUUUCACAAACUGCAUUAAGAAAAUGACACUAGGCACAGACAAUUAUUUGCUAAGCCCCUCUCACAUAUGAUAACUUAUUAUAUUAUUAAUAUAAAACUUAUUAUAACUGUCUCAUCUUGGCUUUGCAACUGUAACUAAGCAUUGCAAAACAUUAAGAUUUUUUAAAACUUUUUUUUACUUAUUUAAUUUAAAAAAAAGCUGAGAUGCUGUGUAACAUGUAAAUAAAAACAGAAUACAAUGAUUUGCAAAUCUCAUAAACCCACAUAUUAUUCCCCAUAUAACAAAUGACAUAUUAGCUGUUGAAAGUGAAAGAUUUUACCACAUCAUGGAAAGUAUUAGCUCGUUUUGAAUACGAUGGCAACAACACAUCUCAAAAAAAGUUUGAAACGGAUGAUGUUUACCGUUGAGUAGCAUCCCCUCUUCUUUUAACAACUAUCAGUAAACAUCUGGAAAGUGAGGAGACCAGUUGCUGAAAUGUUAGGAGAGGACUGUUGUCUCAUUCUGGUCUGAUGCAGGAUUCUAACAAUUCUGGUGCUUUGUUCACAAUUUUCUUUUGUCUGUUAAAUUCUUCUGCUGGUGAAAGCUCUGGACUGCUGGCAGGCCAGUUCAGCACUCAGACUCUUCUCACUUUGUUUCUGAUGAUUUUUAAAGGAGCUUUGGUCCAGAGAAGAUGGCAGCAUCUCUUGACUGUGUUUACAUACGGCUUCUUUACAUAAUAAAGCUUUAACCUGCAUUUGUGGAUUGCAGUGAACUAAGUUCAGACAGUGAUUUCUUUAAGUGUUUUUGAGCCUAAGCAGUAAUUUCCAGUAGGGAAUCAUGCCAGUUUAAUUGUGGUCCCUCCAUUAGAGCCCAAAAAUCCCAAGCAUCAUGUUCUGACCUUCAAACUUGUGCCCAGAGAUUCCUUCUAAUUCCUUGAAUUUCUUGAUGACAUUAUACACUAUCUAUGGUGGGAUAUUUAAAGUCUUCGCAAUUUUAUGUUGAGGAACAUUUUUCUGAAACUAUUCCACAAUUUUUAGAUGCAGUUGGUUGCAGAUUGGUGAACCUCUGACUAUCUUUACAUCUGAAAGGCUCUGCUUCUCUGGAAUACUCAUUUUAUACCCAGCCAUGUUGCCAGCAAUUAGUUGUCAAAUGUUCCUCCAGUUAUUUCUUUUAUUUUGUGCCAAUUACUUUUACAGCCUUUUGUUGCCUCUUUCAGCUUCUUUGAGAUGUGUUGCUGCCAUGAAAUUCAAAAUGAGUUCAUACUUCAUAAAAUGGUUUCAACAUCUGAUAUGUUUAAAUUCUACUGGGGAAAAAUAUAUGGGUUUAUGAGAUGGCAAAUCACUUAACUGUACACUGCGUAACAACUUUUUUGGAAUAGGGGCUUAAUUUAUUCAUCUUUUUUUAUCUUUUAGAGCCAAUGCAUAACUGUCUCUGUUCACUUUAAAUAUUUGGAUCCAUCGCGGUACGACUAUAUGAUGCAUGUUAGUGUUAAAGCCAAGUUAUGCAUCUCCUUCAUUUGUCAUCUGCAGCUCUAGUGUGUUAACUCAGUUAUUAUUUGGUUGCUCUGCAUUGAUCCAGGUUUAAUUUCCAUCCCAACUUAUUGACUUGCAUGGCAUGGCCACCGGCUCUCGUUGACCAGUCGAUUAGAAAGCAGCUUUCUAGUUACAUGUCAGCCUUACAUGCUGUAGGGUAAAAAGAACCUUUCUGCAGACAGGAAAGUAAAAAUGAGUGUAUAGUUCAUUACAAUUCAUUCAUUUAAGAAGAUGCUUUUAUCCACAGCAACUCCAAAAUGAGUAAUACAUGUUGGGAUGUUGGGUUUGGUAUCGUGACAAAGGACACGUGUCAGUCUAGUAACCCUCCAAGAGAGAGAUGACCAUGCUACCAUCGUAGCUACAGCCACAUGCAGGAAACAAGCCCUAGUUCCUGCCAAGGACUUACUCCCUGUAAACAAAUCUUUACCUCACCAAACCAUUUCACAAGUUAUAAGGUUCAGGAUGGUUGGCUAACUAUCAGAUGUAGUUGUUUCCAAAGGUAGGUUUACAUAAUCAUAUAAUUUAGAAGAAAGUUAUGAUAUAUGAAUGACUUUUUCAGUAAUGGUCUGCUCAGCUGUCCCCAGUUUGUGCAUGCAUUUAUUUCAGAGAGCUAAACUUUAGUUUACUUGGUCGUAAAUUACUCUGUAAUAUUCACUGUUAAACAUCUAAGGUUUUCUCAAGAAUCAUGAAACUUUUUUUUUUUUAUAAAUCAUCUGGACAAUAAUGGUAAUUUAGAGUUGUAAGCAUUUACACAUGCUCUGAGAGGAGAAAGCUGAGCUGGCUUUAAAAACGCAAACCAAAAAAGAAAUUGUUCAUAAGGACUGGGGUUUGACAAAUAGUGGUCCGUCUCUGUAAUGUCUUUAAUAAGGUUUUGACUGAAACCAGGCUUGACUCAUGGAUCAAAGAAUCCUCAUUUGCACACUUAAGGUCAUGGUUUCUCGGUAGUACUGUACAGUAUACAGGAUUUUAAGUUAUUACAGUAAGUUUACAUUUCAUGUAAAAUUCAUCUUCACUGUUUUCAUUUUUUUAGAAAGACUUUUUCCACCAUUUGAAAUCCAGGAAGAACCAGUAUUAUUGUCUCAGGUAUAAGAGGUGUUGCUGCUGGACUGGAGCCAUGUGUAUUUUUUUGUCUUAAAAGUCCAUUUAGUAUGAAAAAAUGGGUACAGACAGACAUCUUUUACUGUGCUAUGUCAAAUAGAAAUGUUUAUAUUACUGUUUGGUGGAAAAAAUAAAUCUUUGUUAUUGGUA